AUGUUGGUCAUCGGUCUCAUUGCAGCCUUUCUGGAAUACUCGAUCUUGCUGGGCUUGGUCGGGAUAUCGUGUUACUACCUCACAGGGUAUCUGCGAAACAAGCACCAACUCAACCGCUAUCCGGGGCCCUUCCUGGCCAAGUUUUCGAGGCUUUGGCUCGGCUAUGCUACCCGCUUCGGCAAUCGCUAUCAGAUCAUUCACCAGCUCCAUCAAAAACACGGUCGGUUCGUGAGAAUCGCCCCUAAUGAAUUGAGUAUCGCUGAUCCUGACGCAGUCCAUAUCGUCUUGGGCCAUGGAACUGGAACCACUAAAAGCAAAUUCUAUGAUGCUUUCGUGGCUAUCCACAGAGGAUUAUUUAACACAAGAGACAGAGCCGACCACACCCGCAAACGCAAGAUCAUCUCGAGCACCUUCAGUCAGAAGAGCAUCCUCGAAUUCGAGCCCUACAUCGCCGACACCUUGGCCUGCUUCCUCAGGAAGAUCGACCAGGUCGCUUCCGAACCUAAUCUCGUCCAACUCCCGUCGCAUUCCUGGGAUUCUAAACAUCUGAAUGAGCGCUGGAGAAUCAUCGAUAUUCUGCCCUGGUUUAAUUAUCUGGCGUUCGAUAUCAUCGGUGAUCUAGCGUUUGGAGAAAGGUUUGGGAUGAUCGAACGAGGAGCAGACAUAGCGGCAGUAGAGAAGGAGGGCAAGGUGAUCUAUCUGCCGGCGAUCCAGAUCCUGAAUGAGCGAGGGGAGUUCAGUGCGACCCAGGGAAGUCUGCCGGCCGGUCUGAGACCUUACAUGAAGUACAUCGAUCCAUGGUUCUCGCGCGGGGCGGCGAGUGUGCAGAACUUGACUGGGAUUGCUACUAAUCAAGUCAACUUGAGGAUCUCGCAAACCGGCCAAUCGAGGAGAGAUUUGUUGGCCCGGUUGCAGACCGGUCAAGAUGCGGAUGGAAAUCCGAUGGGCAAAGAUGAAUUGAUAGCUGAGGCUUUGACCCAGUUGAUCGCCGGAAGUGACACCACGUCGAAUUCGAGCUGUGCGAUUCUGUGGUGGGUAGUCAAGCACCCGGAGGUGCACAAGAGACUGAUGGAGGAACUGGACGAACAUCUGGGGACCGAGGAAGGCGUGAUCUCGUAUGCGGAUUGCAAGGAGCUCAAGUAUCUCAAUGCCUGUAUCAAUGAGACCUUGCGGAUCCAUUCCACCUCCUCCAUCGGCCUGCCCAGGAUCCUCCCCCAAACGGUCUCCUUUAAGGGCCACAUCUUGCCCAAAGGAUUGGUCUGCUCCGUCCCUACGUUCGAAAUUCAUCAUGAUCCGGACGUCUGGGGUGAUCCGUUCACUUUUCGGCCUGAGAGGUGGUUGGAACCUAAUGCCAAAGAUCGCGAGAAAGCCUUCAUGCCCUUCAGCUGUGGGCCUCGGUCUUGCAUCGGCCGCAAUCUAGCGAUGAUGGAGUUAUACAUGAUUACGUCGACGAUCUUCAAACGGUACGAGUUCGCAUUGGUCGAUCCUGAUCUCGCCGAAUUAGAGACUCGAGAAGGAUUCUUAAGAAAGCCGUUGAAUUGUUGGAUCAAGUUCAAGCUCCGAGCCGUUUAG